AAAACAAACGACUGCGUACGGGUCCUUGUGGCCAUAUACACGCUUGGGGAGCUUCGUGUCGUUUUCGUGGUGUCCAUUCUGCCGAGUUCCGCUGGAGUUGCGAAGGCUGCCGCAAGGAAUUCCACUACGAACCCCUGCUCUCUCAGCUUGUUCUCUAAUUUCCACUUGUUUGGAAAGAUUUUGGGGAGGUUGGGAGUAGAAUUCUGGUGGUGGCGGGGAUGAUGGGGUGGCCGUGUGGGUGUCUGAAGCUGGUUUCUUGGCUCUGUUUGGUGGGUUUUGUGAGUGGGAUUGGAGCGAACUGGGGGACGCAGGCGAGCCACCCCCUGCCGCCGGGCACGGUGGUUCAGAUGCUCCGGGACAACGGGUUUCAGAAGGUGAAGUUGUUUGAUCCAGAGGAUGGUACCAUGAGUGCCCUCAGCAACACUGGGAUCCAGGUGAUGGUCGGAAUUCCAAACGAGAUGCUGGCCGACCUGGGGAGUACGAAGGCGGCCGAGAAUUGGGUGUCCAAGAAUGUCUCCAGUUAUAUCAAGGAUGGAGUGGAUAUCAGGUAUGUUGCUGUUGGAAAUGAGCCAUUCUUGCAGACUUAUAAUGGGAGUUUUCUCCAUACUACCUUUCCAGCCCUCCAAAACAUCCAAGGUGCUCUCACACAAGCUGGGCUGAGCAGCCAGGUCAAAGUCACCGUGCCCCUUAAUGCUGAUGUCUAUGAAUCAUCAACUGGCAAACCUUCUGAUGGCAAUUUCCGCUCGGACAUCCUUGACCUCAUGGUUUCUAUCGUCAAAUACCUCAGUGAUAAUGCUGCUCCCCUCACUGUCAACAUUUACCCCUUCAUCAGUCUCUACAAUGAUCCCAACUUUCCUAUAGACUUUGCCUUCUUUGAUGGAACACCUGCAUCCCCCGUCGUCGAUGGUUCGAUCACAUACACUAAUGUAUUCGAUGCAAACCAUGACACUCUCUUAUGGGCCCUGCAGAAGAAUGGCUUUGGAAAUCUUGCUGUCAUUGUUGGUGAGAUUGGUUGGCCAACUGAUGGGAAUAUGUAUGCAAAUAUUCAGUAUGCUCAACGAUUUAAUCAGGGUUUCAUGAAGCGCAUCGCAUCGGGGCAGGGCACACCGAUGAGACAAGGACCUAUCGAUGCAUAUAUGUUUAGUUUCAUAGAUGAAGAUCAAAAGAGCAUCCUGCCAGGGAAUUUUGAGAGGCAUUGGGGCAUCUUUUACUACGACGGGCAGCCGAAAUACCAGCUUAAUAUCCAGACAUCUAAAUCUGGAACAUUAGUUGGAGCUAAGAAUGUCAAGUAUUUGGACAAGAAGUGGUGUGUGUUCAAGCCUUCAGUCAACCUUGAUGAUUCGAGAGUUGCACCGGCUGCGAGCUAUGCUUGUGGGAAAGCUGACUGCACAAGCCUUGGGUAUAACACAUCAUGUGGCGAUCUUGAUGCACGAGGGAAUAUUUCCUAUGCAUUCAACAGCUACUACCAGAUGAAUGAUCAGGAUGACAGGGCCUGCAACUUCCAAGGCAUAGCUACUACCACUGAUAGAGAUCCAUCUACUUCCAAAUGUAAGUUUGAGAUCAUGAUUGAGCCUGAUUCUGCAGCAUCCUGGAGAUUAGCCGCAGUCAGGGGACAGGGAUAUGGUUUGGUGUUCUUUGCGCUUCUUCCGUUCCUGUUGGUAUUACUGUGAUCAUAUCUCGACAUUUCUAUACUGUAUUUAUUAUAUUGCUCCAUUGUUUUGUAUCCAUGUUUCCAAAGUUUUUAUCUCCUCCACCAACUGCCGGUGAACCUGGUUAUUUUCAUCAAAAGAAGGAGAAAAAUUCAGCAUCUAUGCCUUGCUAUUUUAGUUAAUCAGAUUCGUAGUUUAUAUCCA